AAAACAGGUGAUAAACGGUUUUCCUCCGGUCAUCCAUCUGUCAAUAAUGAAUUUAAAAUUUGUGAUAAAAAGCGAAAUACUAACAUUUAUAUUAGUUUUCCGUUAAAACGAUCACAUCACACCUAGUCACUAUUUACUUAUUACAUUCAAAACAAAAUGUAUUUGAACGGCGUAAUUCUUUUAACAAUUUUAACCGUUUUCCAAACCCAGCGUGUUGAAUCAAGUUUAAUUGAUUAUGUAAAAAAUUAUUUUAAUUACGAAGAACCCGAGACCGACGUGGGCGAAUUUGCCCAAAGAAUCCCCUACGAAGUCUCCACGGUGGAUGAAAAAUUUAUAUCAGAAGCGGCAAAGCUCACAGGUGUUGCUUUAUCAGAGCUCGACUCCUGCCAACAGAGAGUGGUAUUGAAGCUCAAAUCUGACUGUGAUAAGAUGAAUGAUGAGCAGCUGGCGAAAAUGGCGGUUCAUCUUUUGAACUGCCAGUCGUACGUAGAGGGGCGCCAGAUUUUUCCGUGUACAGACGACAUGAGCAUAGGGGAGUGCACCAGAAGCAUGGAUUCGGAUACGUGGACUAGCUACCACUUGAUGAGUAACCGAGCAAAGGCGGUGUGCUACUCAAUCCGGCAAAUGCAGUUUCGGGGCAUGGCUGAGCACACAGUGAACAGGUUGAUGGACGUGGCUAGAGAUCAGUUGAAAACGUUGGGGAAAAUCCACGAAAAUCAGCAGGAUUUGCAAGACAUAGCCCAACACACUUUGACUUCGUUGUCAGAGGGUCAUUCGGUUUUAGCUGAUCAGCAGAAGGACAUCCAGAAGGCGCAGUUCCAUGGACAGUUGGCGUUGGAAGAUAAUAUUAGGAAGUUGUCGCAGGAGAAGGAGUUGAUUGUGGAUACACACAAUCAAUUAGUGCAUAUGACGCACAAAAUCCAGAAAAAAUUAGAGGAUUCGAGUAGGAAUUUGGAGCAGCAGGCGGGGGAGAGUCGCCAGAAUCAUCAAGAGUUGUUGGAUGAUUUGAUAGCCAUACAGAACAAAGCACACGCGAUUUUUGAAAGAAUAGAAGCGUCGUCUAAAUUGCUCCUAGAACAAAACCAAAAUUUCAAAAUUCAGUACGAAGAAACGUUGAAGAAUCUGGCUGAAGUCAAUAAGACUGUUCAUAAUUUGGUGACGCUGGUUGGGGGUACAAGGCAGGCUUUGGAGGAACGUUUGACGUGGUUGACUACGGCGCUAGGGGGUACCGAUUUGGCUGUGGAGCGCUUGUAUCUUAUAAUAUGGCAUACGGCUUUCAUGUUGGUGUCAAUGCUAACAUGUGCUUUUCUUUCGGCGCGGUUGUCUACAAGGGUGAUGGUGGCAACACUGCCGCCGCUAAAUUUAGGUCUCGCGCUGUUUGGGAACGAAAAUCAGAUGGGGCCGUUGAUGCUAGGGAGUACAAUCAUGAGUUUCGUGUUUGCUCAAACUAUAUUAUUGUGGGCAAUGUCUUUCCGCAGCACCGUCAGAGAAACCCUCCCUUGGAUAACAUUCCCAGCCCUCAAACAAGAAACCCCGGUUUCAACCAAACGGGAAACCCCGGUUUCAACCAAACAAGGAACACCAACCCGAGACGACGGCGACUUCGACCGAAUGAGCACAGGCCUAGCCAGUGAAUUGGAGGACGAUUUUAAUAUGAAUAGUUUAGGCUCUCCAACCCCCCCUCAUUCCAGAAGCGGUUUUUACAGACCUAGGUCUAGAAGUAACACUCCUUUAAUUUUAAAUGGCGGUGCUAGAGGCACAUGCCAUGCUAAAACCAGAAUGGGAACACCAUGUAAACUGUCGAGUUUACCGGGAAGGGAUUAUUGUUAUAGGCACCAGUCAGGUGACUCGGUAAUGGGGUCAUAAUUUUAGUCAUUUGUGAUAAAAAAGUCACUGAUUGCUCGAAAAAAAUAGCUGAGUGGAGGGAGUUUUAUUUAUUUAUUAUUUUGAUUUUAAUUAUUAUUAUAUUUUUUUAAGUACGUAAGUAACUUGUAGUUGAUUUUACAUUUAAGGAGGCGCAAACGUUCGUUGUUAUGUACUUCUAGUCUAGUGUAGGACUGAUUUCUCUUCCUUUUUUAUUUUAUUGUCUUCACUCAGUCAAGAGCAACUGAACUAAUUUUACAAGUACAAGCCCACUGUACAGUCUAUAUUUAUGUAUCAGUAUAAAAUACGAAAUAAAUUAUUUUCUCACGAGGA